AUGAAGGCUGCUCUUUGCGUUCUGCUGCUGGCAACGGCCGUCUUCGGCGCCGAAGAGAAGAAGACAGAGAAACGGGGGGUACUCGGGCUUGGCUACGGGGUUGGCGCUGCGCCCCUCGUCUCCCACGGCUACUACGGGCACGGCCUGGGCCUCUACAACCACGGGGUGGGCCUCUCGGGCUACGGCCUCGGACACGGGAUCUACGGAGGAGGCCUCUACGGAGGGGGACUCUACGGACAUGGACUCCUUGGACACGGACUCGUCGGACACGCAGCCCCCAUCUCCGCCCCCCUCCUCAGCCAUAGCUACUCCUCCCCCCUUCUUGGGCUCGGCCAUGGCUGGCAUUGA